GAGACUGUAUUUUUUUUAACCAUGGAAAUUGACGAAAGUACGACGACUGAAAAAAAGAAGAUGUCAUUUUCUCAACGUAUCAAGCAUGUUAUAAGCCAUGUAACAAUAGAACCUUGUGCAUUUUUAAUAAUAUUCUCGAGUGUCCUACAAAGUGUCGCUACGCAAUCCUUAGGUUUACAAAAAGCAUGCCGAGUGAAUUUAGAAUUGGGCGACGAGAUCUGCGAAGCACUCAGAACACAAAAUCAGACAGAAGAUUUUUCUGUUUACGAGAGAAUGGUGCAGGAGCUAUAUUCGAGUCAAGUGGCAUGGAGGAGCGUUCUACAAACCGUAUUUCCGUGUGUAAUAAUCAUUUUUGUUGGAGGGUGGAGUGACGCGACCGGCAGAAGGAAAGUGAUAAUGCUGACUUGUCUUUGUGGUGAAAUAGCACAUUCGUUAAACAACAUCAUUAACGUGAUAUUUUUCUAUCAAAUCCGUCUGGAACUUUACAUAUUUUUCGACGUGUUCACUGUUAGUAUUGUCGGAGGCGCCAGUGUGAUGUUCUUGGCACUGAUGAACUACAUAUGUGAUAUAACGACAGAAGAAAACAGAACGUAUAGAAUCGGUUUUGUCAGCUUGUGCACAUUUGCCGGAAUGCCAUUGGGCUUAUCCUUGUCGGGUAUUGUUUUAAAUCGUUUUGGAUAUUACACUAUAUUCAUAUCGUCACUAAUUCUGCAUAUUAUAAACUUUAUUUAUAUGAUAUUUUUAAUAUCUGAUCGUGCCAGGACAACGGAUCAAAAAAUGCACGACGGGAAAGGGGUGAUGCAUUUCCUAAGGACUUUCUUCAACCUAGCGAUUAUAAGGGAGACUUUAACUAUAAUCUGGAAAAAGACAGAAAACAACAGAAGAAUAAAAAUUAUUAUAAUACUUCUUUCUGUCAAUGUCCUGUACGGACCUUUCUUUGGAGAAACUGCAACUGUAUAUAUGUUGACGAGAUAUCGUUUCAACUGGAAUGAUGUACAGUUCAGUUUCUACCAGACCUACCACUUCCUCGUAAGUUUAAUAGGUUCCAUGAUAUCUUUGUUGCUGUUCAGCAAAUAUUUAAAAUGGGACGACACUAUAUUGGGAAUAAUUGCUACUACCAGCAAGAUUUUAUCUUCGUUUGUGUAUUGCUUCGCACCGACCUCAGCCAUUUUCUAUACAGCUUCUCUCGUCGAUAUAUUAAGCGGCGCGAUGUUAGCUUUAUUGAGCGUGAGAUCAAUUUUCACAAAACUAAUGAGCCCGUAUGAACUUGGCAAGGCGACAUCAUUAUUAGUUUUGAUAGAAAACUUGACACCGUUAAUGUAUGUUCCGAUUUACACAAAAAUUUAUACUGCCACCAUGGAUACAUUGCCAGGAGCCAUUUAUCUCUUCGGAGCCGCCAUGACUAUACCCGGCCUACUGAUAUUCAUAUAUCUUUUCAUCGUGCACCGAAUUGACUCAAGAAAGAAGGCGAUUCCGAACUAAUCGAAUCUCCAAAACAUUUGAAACAAACUUAUGGUCUAAAAAAAUAUAUUUAACUUUAUUCUAUUUAUCUUAAAUGUAACUAAACAUUUAAAGUGAAUAUUAAACAAGAAAUUUUUACUUAUGUAUUUUUUAUGUUUUAAUCUACCUGAAAUUGAAAUAAUUUUAUUUUUACGUUAUAUCUCGAAUUUUAGAUUAAACUUACCUAUACAAUAAUAUACUCUACUAAAAUUGUAAAUUCUGUUUCAAAAAAAUAAUCUGAAUUAUUGUCAAUAGCUAU